UGUAUUUGGUUGUGAUUUUCCUAAUUGUUGACUGUAAUCUGUCUAGCCACGUGUGCGGUAGGCCCAUUAGGCGGAUCAGAUGCGUCCGAAACCUAAAAGUUUUUAGCUUAUCCCUAUUGCCAAACAACCGUCCACGCGCCCAGGGCCCACAUAGAGCCCACGUGAAACGAUGGACAACGAACGAACCAAUGGCUUCACAACCUUUACCUAAAUUCCCAAAAUACCCUUCCGUCAGGAACCCAGGUGCCAGUCCUCGUGAUCCCCUCGCUCUCUCUCAUGGAUUCAGAGCAGGACGACGACGCAGACACUCAAAUCGGCGGCGAAGAUUCGUCGGAAAUCGGUAACGAUCACGAAGAAGAUAUGGAAGUAGAUCCGGGGGAGGAAUAUGUUAAUUCUCCGUUGAGGUCAUCAACAGCGGCGAUCUCCGUGAUCCCGGCGCCUUUGACAACCAUAUCUUCCGCUGUUGCCGUCGCCGUUCCCGCUUCCACCGCCGUCACCUUCAUCGCCGUUGCUGUCGAUCCGGAUCCGGAGAUAGCGCAGAAACCGCCGGCUGACGAAUCGAGGCGGUUAUUCCAGCGUCUGUGGACCGACGAGGACGAGAUCAAGCUUCUCCGAGGGUUCCUCGACUACACGACGUCGCAGCAACGUAGCGGCGUAAACUCGUAUCACCACGACACGGCGGCGUUCUACGAGCAGAUAAAGUCGAAGCUGCAGCUUGAUUUCAACAAGAAUCAGUUGGUUGAGAAACUCCGGCGAUUGAAGAAGAAGUACAGAAACGCCGUGAAGAAGAUUAAUUCGGGUAAGGAAAUUUCCUUCAAGAGUCCUCAUGACCAAGCUAGUUUCGAGAUUUCUAGGAAAAUUUGGAGCGCUACGGGAAAAAUCAUAGGGUUUGAGGAUAAUGUGCUCGAUGACGAGGAGAAUCACAACCACAAUAUUACCGCCACAACCGCAGCGAGUAGCAAUUUCAAUCUCACACAUUGUUCUAACCCUAAUUUUGAGGUGAAAAUUGAGGAUGGUGUUGAGAGGAAGAUGGGGAGUAGUAGCAGUAACAGGUGGAAAAAACGAUCGAGGACGAAACUGGAGAGAAUUGAGGAAGAGAGACGAUUUGAGAGUGAUGGAAUUGGACCAAUCGUGAACAAUGUUGAACUUUCCGGCGGUGGCGCCGGUGAUAACGGCAAUCACGGCGGUGGAGGUAACGUGACUGUGGCUGCAAUGGUAGAGGAAACACUGAGGAGCUGUUUGACACCAAUGCUUAGAGAAUUCAUGAAUGGAACAACCCCAGUGAACAUCCCCAAUUAUGGUGGAUCUCGGGGAAUCAUCCCACCUUUAAUUCUUCCACCGUUUCCAUCGAAUCUAGCGACAUUUGGGUUUGAUGGAAUGGUCGGAUUGAGCAGAAUCCAUGGCCAAGUGGGAGAAAGGGUGGAUGAGAAAUGGAGGAAACAGCAGAUUUUGGAGUUAGAGGUAUACUCGAGAAGAUUAGAAUUGGUGCAGGAUCACAUCAGAUUGGCUCUUGCCGAGCUCCGGGCAACCGGUUGUGGCGGCAGAAACGGUUGACGGUGGUUCUGUCACGCCGGAAGUGGAACGGAUUUAGGGGUAGAGGUCUGUGUGAAGCAAUGACAAUGGAAGGGGCUAUGGUAUAUUUGGACAGAGUAGUAUAUACAUAAAUGCAUCUGUGGAUCUAAACGGGAGAGAGCAUACAGAGAUUAGCCGUAAUGCGAAAAAUAAAGAUGUCUAUACUAAUGUUACAGUGUGAUAUAAAUUUCAUAUUUUGCUUUCUAUAAUAUUUGCUUAUUUUUACUUUUACACAACUGAAAAUUGUAUAUCUUGUUAUUGAA